AUGCCGAAACAGAUUAACAUUGUCAUUUAUUCUCUUUAUCAUCAUAUUUCCAAAAUGGCCGAAUCGGCCAAGAUUGGUAUUGAGGCGGCCGGUCAUAAAUGUGAGAUUUAUCAAGUGAGAGAAACAUUACCAGAAGAUUUGGUGAAGAAGCUCGGCUCUCCGGGGAAAUUGCCUUACAAGGAAGCAGACAUAUCUACCCUAACAACCGCAGAUGGUCUUAUGUUUGGUAUUCCAACUAGGUUUGGUAACAUGCCAGCCCAAUUGAAAUCGUACAUUGAUUCCACCGGUGGCUUAUGGGCAAACGGAACCUUACGCAAUAAGCCUUUUGGAAUUUUCGUUUCUACGGGCACAGGAGGUGGUAAUGAAUCGACAGCAAUGAAUGCCUUGUCUACAUUUGUUCAUCACUCCAUGAUCUACGUCCCACUUGGCUUUGCGUCUGCAGGUCACCUUUUGAGUAACUUAAAUGAGGUCCACGGCGGCUCGCCAUGGGGCGCAGAUACAAUUGCUGGAGCAGAUGGCUCAAGAGAACCAACGCCUUUGGAACUGGAGGUUGCUAGAAUCCAAGGUGAAGAGUUUGCUAAAAUUGCAGCUAAAAUUGCAACUUAA